GCGACGAGCAGGAAGAGAAGGCUGCAGCGCAGAAAAGAAAGAAGAGGAAAAAGGCUGCAGCAGUCUUGAAACAAGGGAAGAAGGAUCUGCAGGAACUCCUGCAGAAGCACAACAGAAAGGAGAUCCUGCAGGGCAUGGUCCCAAGUGCAGGUGGGUCCAAGCUUGGCAGCUUUGCAGCGAAGAUGAAGCUCUCGCUUUCCGGUCUGCUGAAGCCUGGCCCUGUGCAGACCAAGGCUGCGGCGAAGAAGGCUGCAGCGAAGAAGCCUGCAGCGAAGAAGCCUCACAAGAGCAGCAAGAAGCAUGGAGGCAAGGGCAAGUUGCAGAAGAAGGCCUCCAAGAAAAGCUUGGAGAAGGAGAAGAAAAAGAAAGCUUUGAAGAAGGCUCUGAAGCAGUUGGAGGAAGACACAGAAGUUGCAGGGGCUGCCCCCGCCUCAGCCCCUGCUGCAGCCCCAGCAGCAGCCCCGGCAGCAGGAGAGGAGAAGCAGCGAGUGCAGGUUUGCUCCGAGCUUGCAGGCAGGCCGUACUACGGCAGGAUGGGUGUAGUCGCCAUGCAGGCUUGGAAAAGCGGUGCAGAGACACUGCAUGUCGACUUGCAGCCUGGAGUGCAGAGCUUCAGGAGAGAAUUCUUGCAGGUGCCGAGCCUGUUGCCAGCUCUGAAGAUGAAGACUAUGCAGAGUCUCUCCCGUGCAGAGAAGCAGAAGCUGCUCCGUGAAGCGGCUUUGAAGACUCUUGGAGAUAAUCUUGGAGAUGACGUGCAGAUUCCGCUUGCAGAUGGCAGUUGGCUCUUGGACCAGCACAUGUCUGCAGGCUGGCAGUACCUGCAGUGGAGCCUGCCAGGCCUGGAGAAAGCAGAGAUCACCUGCAUUCGUGCAGAUGUUGUGCAGGCUUUCACAGCACUUGCAGACCCGACGACCGAGCUGCAGGGCUUGGGAGAUGCAGAGUGGCUGCUGUGUGCGAGCCAGAUGCAGGAGCAGAGGACGGCCUUCCUGCAGCAAGAGCUGCAGAAGGACUUGAUCUUCGUGCCGAUCUAUGCAGGGAGCCACUGGACCUUGCUGGAAAUCUGCAGAUAUGGAGGCCUGCAGGUGAGAUACUACGACUCACUGCAGCAGGAGGCUGCAGGAAACAGACGUGUUGCAGAGUUCUUUCUGGACCAUUUUCUGCAGCUGCCACUACCAGCAAGAUGCAAUGCAGCAAGACAGCCUGUAGGGACAGGGCAGUGUGGCUCGUACUGCCUGCAGUGGAUGGAGACGGCAUGCAGGCAGGCUCUUGGGGACUGUCACAGCCUGCAGUGGCCCUCAGCAGUGGCCUGGGCUGGAAGGCUGCAGACUCUGUGCAAAGCACUGCAGAAGGAGCAGUCGACGAUCCUGGACAUGAAGAUCAAGGCUGCAGAGAAAAAAGCACUCCUUGAAGUCAACCAGAAGAAAGCUGCAGCGAGCAAGAAGAAGGGUGAAGAGGACAUGAAGAGCCUUUCGAAGAAG